AUCCCCGGUCCAACAGUUGUCCCUUCACUAAUCCCAUUUUCGUUCAGUCGUCGUUUCGCUCGGAUUCAUCUUCUUCAUCCAAGGCUCUCGAUUUUGGCGGAGGUUGUGGAUCUCUUUUAACCUGGCAUUCCAACAUCCGUGCAUGCAAGACCAUCAACUUACCGAUUCAAGACCAUCAUCUCAGAUGCUUCUGAUUCGGCUGGGUGUACUACUUAAAUCAAUGUUAUGAUGGUUCAAGUUCUUCACUAGUUUAAAAGGGUAACUGAGUGCGUCAUAAUGGAAAAAGUAUGCAAUGGUCCAGAGCUAGACAUUCCAGCUGUAUAUGAGGUGAUUGGAGAACCUGCUAUCGUAAUUAACGGGGUACCAGAUGUUACACCAGGUAGCACAGCGUGCAUUAUGGACACCACAACGGCUCUAGAAUCGGAUGAUGAUCCUUGUUUUGGUGAUUGGUUAGAAGGAAGGAAGGUCCAAAAGGUAUUUGGCGAUCAGUAUUAUUUCGGGAAAGUGGAGAGGUAUGACAGUGAUAUGAAAUGGUACCGAGUGGUUUAUGAAGACGGUGAUUUUGAAGAUUUGGAGUGGCAUGAGCUGGAAGAAUUAUUGUUGCCACUUGACAUAUCUGUUCCCAUAACAACCUUUGCUUCUGAGAAAGUUUUUCCCAAUUCACAGAUUAAAAUGGGUAGAAAAAGAAAGACUUAUCUAAAUGGCUCAGGACGAGAGGGGAAGACAUCAGAACUACUUCAAAUAACCCACGUGGGUGAAGCAAGAGAUGAAACCUUAAUGGGAACAGAUUUCAGUGGAAGGGCUCUUCAAGGAUCUUUGGGAAUGCAAAAUGGGUUAAAAAUGGAAAAUCAAGAAACUUACGUCCUGACACAUGAGUAUACGACUACAUCAGACACAUGCAAUGGACAGGAAUUAUACUCCGUACCUGUAUCUGAGGGGGAACUUUCUGUUUUAAUUAACCAUGUGCCUGCAGCUCCAGGGUACUCAACAACCAUUCAUGAAACUGGAGAAAAUUCAAGAGCAGUGGAUUCUCCAUAUUUUGGCAAGUGUCUUGAAGGAAGGAAGGUCCAAAAGUUUUUUGGAGAUCGAUAUUAUUCGGGAAAUGUUGAGAAGUAUGACGAGGAAACAAAAUGGUAUAGAGUGGUUUAUGAAGAUGGUGAUUUUGAAGAUCUCGAGUGGCAUGAACUAGAGGAAGUGUUGUUGCCACUUGAUGUUUCCACUCCACUGACAAACACUGCUUCACAUAGGUACAAGUCAAAGAAAUCUGCCCCUAAAUUACAGGUUAAAAAGGCGAGAGGGAGAAAGAAUCAUGCAAUUAGUUUAACAAGAAAGGGGAAGACCUCUCAGCUACUUCAAAUAACCAAGGUAGGGAAACUGAGAGAUGAGAAGCUAAUGGAAGAGAAUUUCAGUGGAACGACUUCUCAUGGAACUUUGCAAGUGCAAAAUGGAUUACAAACAGAAAAUCAAGGAACAUGUGAUGGGCAACCAUCACCCUAUGCACCAGUUUUUGAUGUUGUGGGAGAACCUGCUGUUGUGAUAAAUGGUGUGCCUGUUGCUACUCCAGGGUUCACAACAACUACUCAGGAUAAUGUGGAUAAUCUAGAACUAGCAGGUGGUCCAUCUUAUGGUGAGUGGCUUGAAGGAAGACAAGUGCAAAAGUUAUUGGGAGAUCAACAUUAUUCAGGAAAGGUCGAGAGGUAUAACAAGGGAACAAAAAGGUAUAGAAUUGUUUAUGAAGAUGGUGGGUUUGAAGAUUUGCAAUGGCAUGAGCUGGAGGGCAUGCUUGUGCCAUUUGAUGUUUCCGUUCCAAUACCAACACUGGCUUCUAAUUUGUGCAAGUCUGGAAACCUUGUCUUUGAACAACAGGUUAAACUGACUGAAGCUAGAAAGGAUCAUACAUAUAGUUUUCAAAACAUGGAGAAGGCAGUGAAGCCAGUGGAGGCAAAUUCCAGAGAUAGGGCCCAUCAGGGGAAUGCACAAAUGCAGAAAGGAUCCACAAUAGAAAGUAUUGAAGCUAAUUCCCAAAUGCGUAGAAAUGAGGUAUCUGUUCUCAAGUCAGAAGAAGGUUCCAUCACAUCAAAAGACAAUUAAAAUCAAGAAAGCAUGGACAAGACAAUGAAUAUGUU